AUGUCGUGGAAGUCGUCAGAGAGACUGAUGAACACCAUCCGGCAUUAUGCCAAGUUUCCCGCCACGGGUGUGAGCUUGCGCCAGAUGGUGCAGUUUGGCGACAAGCCAUCGACAGGCACCCUAUUCCGGGCUUCACAAUUCUUGGCCGAGGAGCUGCCAAUUCGCCUGGCGCAUCGCGUGCAGGAGCUAGAUGACUUGCCUGAUGGAUUAAAUGAAAUGCCGUCUGUCAUGAAAGUAAAGGAUUGGUAUGCGCAGUCGUUCGAGGAAAUCACACAGCUCCCUCGGCCGAAUUUGAGCAAAGAAGUCCGCGAUCGCCUCAUGAAACCUGGAAAGGGCAACGGGCGCCAAAUUCAACGACUCUCUGAGGCCACACCGAAUCCUUCCAUUGAUGAGGGUGAUUCCUCUGGUUGGGGCGGACUAACAAAUUCCAGCAAUGGCAACGGCAAGGCGAAGUCGCUGUCGAGAAGAUACUUCGCCACUGUCGAUGACACUGGCGAUUGGCCUGCUGACCUUCAGCUCUACAACCAAAGAUUUGCCCAGACUCUCCACACUAUCAAAAGGAGACAUGACGGAGUUGUUACCACAAUGGCCCAAGGCAUCUUGGAAUACAAGCGGCGGCGUCAGCGAAUGCAAAUCGACGGCACAAUACAAUCUUUCCUCGAUCGAUUCUACAUGUCUCGUAUCGGAAUCCGAAUGCUCAUCGGGCAACACAUCGCCCUCACUGAUCAAAGCCACCACCGCGACCCAACCUACGUGGGUGUAAUCUGCACAAAGACGAAUGUUAAAGACCUUGCUCAAGAAGCCAUCGAAAACGCGCGAUUCGUUUGUGAGGAUCACUACGGUCUGUUUGAGGCUCCUAGAAUUCAGUUGGUCUGCAAUCCGAAUCUAGACUUCAUGUAUGUUCCGGGCCAUUUAUCGCACAUGCUUUUCGAGACCCUCAAGAACUCUCUUCGUGCUGUGGUUGAGACACAUGGAAUGGAUAAGCAAGAAUUCCCUGUCACCAAAGUCAUUGUUGCCGAGGGCAAGGAGGACAUUACCAUCAAGAUUUCCGAUGAAGGUGGCGGCAUACCAAGAAGCGCUAUUCCACUGGUUUGGACCUACAUGUACACAACUGUCGAUCGCACGCCCAACUUGGACCCCGACUUUGAUAAGAGCGACUUCAAGGCGCCUAUGGCAGGCUUUGGUUACGGCCUACCAAUCUCAAGACUGUAUGCGAGAUAUUUUGGCGGCGACUUGAAGUUAAUUAGUAUGGAAGGCUACGGAACGGAUGACCGUCGAGAGGUCACGGAGCGAAGGCAAGUGGGCGAUGCCGAGGCGGUGGUAAAUGCGCCUCCAACGGAACUUUUCGAUAGACGAGAAGACCGCGAAGUCUAA